UAACUGCCAUCUAUCGACUCAAUGAAAUUUAAUUGGUGAUGUAAACAACAUGGCGGACUCUGCAAUUCAUGGAUCAUUUGGAACUGAAACAUUCACAUCUGUUCCUCUUGAUGCUGAAGCUGCUGUGGGUGCAGAUAAGAAGAAAAAGAAGCCUAAGAGGAUUCUUCACUUCAGUGAUGGCAUCUUAGAAGAGUAUUCAUCAUCUUCUGAGGAUGAGGAUGCCAAGAAAGAUGUGGGCCCACUAGUGGACCCUAAAACUCUCAAAUGGGCUCCAUGGUGCUUUUAUUAUGCUUCAACUGCUGCUCGAAAAGCAUUAGGAGUUGCUGACGUUUGUGGAGAAAAACUUGCUUGGUUCUUUGGCAUUACAACUCCCAAAUACAGAUAUGAAAUUGAGGAGUACAAGAGAGCUCAGAAAGAGUUGGAAGAAGAUAUGGAACAAGAACGCAGGCAAGAAGAGAAAGCCCAAGGGUUGUCCACUAUUGAUGUGCAGGUAGUGGACAGCUGUAAAACAUCCACCACCACUAUCGCAAGCAACAACAACAGCAUGACGGAGCCACCUGAGCUUUUGGAAAAAUACUAGAAGCAUUAUGGGAGUUUUGCUUUUUGCUGACCAUUCCAAUGUUUACGAGCGCUCAGUUCUGAUGUACAUGGUGGGGAUUUCUGUGAUAAAGUCUUGAGGAUUGAGAUACAUACUUGGGUCUUUUUUUCCCUUGUUUCUCUGUAUAGAGAUGGACUGGAAGACUAUGAUCAUGCCUUACUUUUGCCUUCUCUUAAAUUUUAAGAAUCUUUUCCCCUACAUUUGAUUGAAUGAAAUGUAAUUAUUUUAUGUAUUUCCAUUUUUUUACCUGGAAUUUUAUGCAUUUGGACUGAAAGCCUGUGGAAGUCAGUCUUACUGAAGGGUGGGGGAAGCUACAGCAUGUUAUUGUCCGUAUUCUCAUGAUUUGUCCCUUUACUUCUGGCCUAGCAGUCAUAAGUUCAUUUCCAAGCCAUGUGUAGUAAAAGAUUGUUUCUAAGAGAAAAGGACGUUGCUCGAAGUGACCUUGCUCCGCACAGGUGAAAAAAAAAGAUCCCAAAGAAACUUGCAGAAUGCUAGUGCUAGCACCACCUCUAGCUUAAUUUUUUUUAUUUUACUGUAUAUAAUCGAUAAUAAAUUCUUAUCUGUCAGCCCGCUAAGCUUCUAGGGAACAGCUUUCUCUUCAGAUAUGAAAGCUUAGAUAGAAGGUUGGGGAAUUGCAGAAAGUAAAGUGCCUUAUGAGAAAUCUACACAACUCUUGUUAUUCGCUUUGUAGUGUUCAAUGCUGCUCCCUCAUAAGUCUGUUUGCACUUCAACAGUCAGUAUAUAUUUCACGACUCCAUUUGUUGUCGCUUCUUAAGGAAAAUAACUACAUUUAAUUUAUAAAUCAAGGAAGGAAGGAAGUAAGUUGUUGAUUAUUUUCAUGAGGAAAAUUGAUUUUUCUAAUUGAAGCUCAUAUAUUACUUUAUCAUUUUAAAAAUAUAGUAAUCUGGGGGAGAUACUUUAGGGUCUGUUUUCACGUUUGAUUAUAAAGUUAUAUUAUCUCCUAUUUCUUAUAUUUUAUCUGUGGGAGUUUUGCUGGGGAAUUGUAAAAAGAGCGAACGUUUCCACAUGAUUAUUAUUAUUGCUCAAUGGAUGGAUUAUGGAGAUAUGCAAAAGUAUGUUUUAUGACAGUGCGUUUGCUAACUUUAUCUGCAUUUUUGAGAAUUUAGCUGAGACUAUCAUGUUUUAAAUGGGGCCUACAUUUGAUGAAUAUAUGUUUUAUGUAUGUGUUAUAAAAUCAUUUGCUGCACAUUGUUUCUUUUCUGGUUUUAGAAUGUAGAUGUAGUUGAUAGUCACUCUAUAACUGGAUUAAGAUUUCAGUUGAUGUGUAUUGAAUUUUGAAGAGUUACUGUUAUGGCUCAAAAUACUCAAAAUGCUAUAAACAAUAUUUGGUUAGGGAUGAGACUGCAUGUUUUGAAAAUCGGCUUCUGAAGGAACCCUGCUUCAUUUGCUGGGUAACUUUAAAAACCAGACAUUUGUUGAAAGAGCAUCACAUUUUUGUUAAUGUAACGCUUUACUACGAUUUGAUAGAUUAUCGUGGGAAAAGGAGCAUUACUAGGGAAUUAUAAUGCUAAAAACCAAAGCUAUAGUUUUUUUUAUUCAGUGUCAAAUUGACAAUUGUUUGUUUUUUUAGUCCUCUGUAGAGAAAAAAAACCCUGUGGUUCGUAUGAAAGCCUUAUUAUAUUUCUGUAUAUUGCCAGUGCUGUGCCUACUUUGCACCACUUUUUCUUUUCUAAUACAAAUAAAGGUUGGAUACAUUUCCAUUGACAUUGUAUCUGAUCUCAUUUGUGAUCUUGAGGUUUAGUUUUACUGGGUGAAGAAUAGAUUUUCCCACUGAAACCAUAAGCCCCAGCUCCGCGGCUUUACAUGCUAUUUGUGAUGUUUUGAAAUUAAAUAGUAUAGUAAUUAUCAAGAAAAAACAAAGAAACUUUGUGAAAGUUUUCAUGACAUUACUUUAAAUGCAUCACAAAGUUUGAAUUCAAUACCUGAAACAGUUUUUGAUAAUUAGAAAUAAAGAAGAAGGGUUUAAAGUGAAGAGAAAAUGUUAUGCUUAACCGAUAAAAAAGAAUUACAUGUAUCAGGGAAAAAAAUGUAGCAAUUGAAGCAGCAAAAGAUGAGACUUUGCAUUCCAAAGACAGGACAUUGGGAAUGUUUUUGGCGUCAUUUUAGUCUCAUAUCACAAGUUCCAAGUCUGAAUGAGCUGUUGUAAUCUUUUCCAAAAGACCAAGCGUUGUGAAUCAUGUAUACUCUUUAUUGAUGUGCUCAUGCUGUUAUGCGUCAUGUUUGCAUCCCUUUAGCAUUGAGUUGCAUUGACUUUUUAUUGAACAAAUUUUUGUUACUGUAGUGUGCAUUUUUGUUCUGGUACCAGUAUUUAUUUGCAAGACUGGCCAUGUUGUAAAACUGUCUGAUUAUAGAAUCCCAUAGGCAACAUUCUAUUUUGAGCUGUUCUCAAAAGAAGCCUCUUCAAAAACACCAUGAAAACGUCCCUGGAGGACUUUAACAUAAUUCCUUCGACAUGGGAGACAGACCCACUGUGAGCAGUCACAGAGAGCAGCAAGUCAUACAAGGCUUCACAAAUAAGAAAUGCUGAAGCCAAGAAAGAAGUCGAGGAAAUUAUGCUUUUAAAUGCUUAAAUUCUCAAAGUGUGGCAAACUUUUCUCAACCAGAAUUGGUCUCAUUGGCCUUAGCAUAAGCCACAAGUCAUCUUACUUAAACUUUUGUUUCAUUUAUUUCUCUCAAGAAAUCUUCUCCUCUGCAGAGAUGCAUUGGUCAUGGCCAGACAUUGACGGACAAACUAUCAUUAUUUAUUUGUUGUAAUGAUUUGACGUGUUAUUAAAUGAUUACUUAUCACAUUUUUAUUUUGCUUUGGAUUCCCGUAAGUUGGUUUUUACUGUACUGCUUUACAUGUCAACCUUGCUGGUUGAGGUUAUGCAUACUUUUAAGCUAGUCGUUAAUUUCACCAGAGCUGGGAAUUCAAUCUGUAAAUAAUUUGCUUUAAUUUAUUAUUCCAGUCUUUUGCGAAUAGAUUUGUUUGUGCGUGUGCAUUUUAUACUUAGAUCAACUACUAAUGUCUGCCAUGAAUCUUGCCGGUAAAUUUUGGAAGGAUAAUCAGUGGAAAUUAAGAAAUAAUUUAAAUAAUGAAAUAAAUGUGGGUGGUUUUACACCCCAAUUGACACAAUGUAGAAAAUUGAGGAGAUGGCCUUCGACUAUGCCUAAAUGGGCCAAUGUGGGCUGAAAGAGAGAUCUAUAUGUCUCAGCAGGAAGACAGUGAUACUCGAUAGGAAUUCUCCCUACUCGGGAAUCAAACUUGGGUGUGCUUGCGAUGGAGAUGCACAUUAUAACUGCCUCAUCAUGAACACUGGUAGUCACACUUGGUUUGUUGAACUGCUUUGAAUUCGGUUCUCAGUGUAGUUUCAAUGUUUCAGAAAGCGUUUGUGUACCCUGCCCCAGAUAUGUCAUGUUAACUCUGGAAUUUUAUGUCACGCCACAAGAUGUGUGACAUCAUGACUUCUUGGAGGAGUUGACCUUUACCAGUUCUAUCGAGUACCAGUAUUUUGAACUUUUAAACAAAGUUUGUCUUCUUAUGUUGUUUACACAUAGUUAUGUGCAUUUGGGUAAUAUUUAUUGGAAAAGAAAGGGUAUAAAGUCAUAAAGAGACAGGGAUAGAAUUUUAUGGGACUUGGGCAUAAAGAGAAAUUAGGGUGGGGGGUUUCGAGGUCUGUAUUUGUUAUCUGGUUAGUGUAAGGGACGCCCUCAAGGGAGAUUACAAAUUCCAAGUCAGAAGAGCCCUUUGGUGUGUGCGUAUGGUUUCAACGUUUUUUAGAUUACACUUCUUAUCAGAAAUUUUACGUUGGUUUGCAAUCAAGACAUAUUGGUUUGCCUUUUUUUUUCAAACUGUUUUCAAACCAUGUUUACAUCAUUCUGACUCAUUGUGUGUUUUUACUUUCCCUAUAAUGGUUACCAUUGUUUGUGUUUGUCGACAUUGUAUUUUUUGUGCACAAAAGCCUUAUACUCGUAUAAUGUUUUUCUCAGAAAAUUUCUGAUGUCUGUUUGCUUUGCUGUUGUUGCUGACUCAUUAAAGCUUUCAUUAUCAUUAAGUUA